AUGCCGCCCAUCACAUUCGCCACGCCGCUGGCGCUAUCACAGCCGACAUUGCUGCCGCGCACAUUCACACGCUCCAUCAAGACGCUCAACCCAAAAAUCAAGCCCAGUCGCUUCAAUGCCGGGUUCGACCUGCCUGUACUCGGCUCCUCAAAGACGGCCGCCCUCGAGCGCAAGUCCUACACCCUACCGCCGCGCACCGGAGCCCUCGCCAUCAAGAAGGGCAUGACCGCUCUAUACGACCCCGAGACCGCAAAGCGCACNCCCUGCACAGUCCUCCAACUCGAUCGCGUGCAGGUCGUUUCCCACAAGACUCGCCAAAAGCACGGCUACUGGGCCGUCCAGAUUGGCGCCGGUAUCAAGGAACCCAGGAACGUGACGCGGCCUGAGAGAGGGCAUUUUGCCGCCAACAAGGUCGGUCUCAGCCGCCACCUCCACGAGUUCCGUGUCAAGGAUGAGGCGGGCUUGCCUGAUGUUGGCUCUGUCAUCGGCGCGGAUUGGUUCCAGGAGGGUCAGUUCAUCGAUGCAAAGGCGAAUUGCAGGGGUAUGGGUUUUGCUGGUGGUAUGAAGAGAUGGGGUUUCCAUGGUCAACCCGCCAGUCACGGUAACUCCUUGACUCACCGAGCCAUGGGUAGUUCUGGUGCUUCGCAGGGUAGCGGUAGUAGAGUCUUGCCCGGCAAGAAGAUGGCUGGAAACAUGGGUGGUCAGCAAGUCACCGUUCAGAACCUGCGUGUUCUCAAGGUCGACGCCGCUAACGGAAUCGUUGUCGUCAAUGGUCCCAAAGGUGCUCUUGUUAAGAUCCAAGACGCUCUGAAGAAGCCGUGGCCUGAGGUUUCUACUCCUCCAGCUGCAGAUGCGGCCGCAGAGCCUAUCAAGGCAACCGCAUAA